ACGCUAGGGGGCGUGCCGAGUCUGAGGGAGGGGUCGUCCUGAGGGUGGCCGGAGGCCGGGGCGGCUCUGUAGCCUUGGGUGAGAGAGCUAGCGUAAGGUGAGCUGAACGAAAGAGGGGGACGCGCUGCCGGGCGCCCCCAGUCUAUGGAGCGGGGUAAGAUGGCGGAGGCGGAGAGCCUGGAGACAGCGGCGGAGCACGAGCGGAUCCUUCGAGAGAUCGAGAGCACCGACACGGCCUGCAUCGGGCCCACGCUCAGGUCUGUCUAUGAUGGUGAGGAACAUGGACGAUUUAUGGAGAAGCUUGAAACUCGUAUCCGCAAUCAUGAUCGAGAAAUUGAGAAAAUGUGCAACUUUCAUUACCAAGGCUUUGUGGACUCUAUAACGGAACUGUUGAAAGUGAGAGGAGAAGCCCAGAAACUCAAAAAUCAAGUGACGGAUACUAAUAGAAAACUACAACAUGAAGGAAAGGAACUGGUAAUAGCAAUGGAAGAGCUGAAGCAGUGUCGACUACAACAGAGAAAUAUUUCUGCCACUGUUGAUAAAUUAAUGCUGUGUCUUCCAGUCCUGGAGAUGUAUAGCAAACUGAGGGACCAGAUGAAAACAAAAAGGCAUUAUCCUGCACUGAAAACUCUGGAACAUCUAGAGCAUACCUAUCUGCCUCAAGUAAGCCACUAUCGAUUCUGCAAGGUGAUGGUGGACAAUAUCCCCAAGCUUCGAGAAGAAAUUAAGGAUGUUUCUAUGUCUGAUCUCAAAGACUUUCUGGAGAGUAUCCGCAAACAUUCAGACAAAAUUGGAGAGACUGCCAUGAAGCAAGCCCAACAACAAAGAAACCUGGAUAACAUCAUCCUGCAACAACCGAGAAUAGGUAGCAAGAGAAAAUCUAAGAAAGAUGCAUAUACAAUUUUUGAUGCAGAGAUAGAAAGCACUAGCCCAAAGUCUGAACAGGAUUCAGGCAUUCUGGAUGUUGAAGAUGAGGAAGAUGAUGAAGAGGUACCUGGGGCCCAAGAUUUGGUUGAUUUUUCUCCUGUUUAUCGGUGUCUGCACAUAUAUUCUGUCCUGGGUGCCCGGGAAACAUUUGAGAACUACUACCGAAAACAGAGGCGAAAACAGGCUCGUUUGGUGCUCCAGCCUCCAUCUAACAUGCAUGAAACUUUAGAUGGCUACAGGAAGUAUUUUAAUCAAAUUGUAGGCUUUUUUGUGGUUGAAGAUCACAUCUUACAUACAACCCAGGGCUUAGUAAAUAGAGCCUACAUAGAUGAACUGUGGGAAAUGGCACUUUCAAAAACCAUUGCAGCACUCCGUACUCACUCGUCUUACUGCUCUGAUCCAAACCUCGUGUUAGAUUUGAAGAACCUCAUUGUGCUUUUUGCUGACACACUUCAGGUGUAUGGUUUUCCUGUAAAUCAGCUUUUUGACAUGCUCUUAGAAAUCCGAGAUCAAUACAGUGAAACUUUGUUAAAGAAAUGGUCAGGUAUUUUCAGAAACAUACUUGAUUCUGACAACUAUAGUCCUAUACCAGUAACAAGUGAAGAGAUGUAUAAAAAGGUGAUAGGACAAUUCCCAUUCCAAGAUUCAGAGCUGGAAAAGCAACCGUUUCAAAAGUUCCCAUUCUCUGAAUUUGUGCCAAAAGUUUAUAAUCAAAUUAAAGAGUUUAUCUAUGCCUGUCUGAAGUUUUCAGAAGAUCUUCAUCUAAGCUCAACUGAAGUUGAUGACAUGAUUCGUAAAUCUACAAACCUGUUGCUAACUAGGACUCUGAGCAACUCUCUACAGAAUGUCAUUAAAAGGAAGAAUAUCGGACUUACUGAGCUUGUCCAGAUUAUUAUCAAUACAACCCACUUGGAGAAAUCCUGUAAGUACUUGGAAGAAUUCAUCACCAAUAUCACUAAUGUGCUUCCAGAGACAGUACACACCACCAAGCUCUAUGGCACUACAACUUUUAAGGAUGCCAGACAUGCAGCUGAAGAGGAGAUUUAUACCAACUUAAACCAGAAGAUUGACCAGUUUCUACAGCUGGCUGACUAUGACUGGAUGACAGGAGAUUUGGGCAACAAAGCUAGUGAUUACCUAGUAGACCUCAUUGCCUUUCUUCGUAGCACCUUUGCUGUAUUCACACACCUUCCUGGGAAGGUAGCCCAGACAGCAUGUAUGUCAGCUUGCAAGCAUUUAGCCACGUCUUUGAUGCAACUUUUGCUGGAAGCUGAAGUAAGGCAACUCACCUUGGGAGCAUUGCAGCAGUUCAACUUGGAUGUCAGAGAAUGUGAACAGUUUGCCAGAUCCGGCCCGGUGCCUGGGUUCCAGGAGGACACGCUGCAGUUGGCCUUCAUCGACUUGAGACAACUUCUGGAUCUCUUCAUCCAGUGGGACUGGUCAACCUACCUUGCGGACUAUGGUCAGCCCACCUGCAAGUACCUCCGGGUAAACCCCGUGACAGCGCUGACCCUGCUUGAGAAGAUAUCUAGAGAGAUGAAGGACACGAGCCGCAAGAACAACAUGUUUGCACAGUUUCGGAAAAAUGAGCGAGACAAGCAGAAAUUGAUUGACACUGUGGCCAAGCAACUCCGGGGACUCAUCAGCAGCCACCACUCGUGAAGGCUGGCCUCGGGCCGACAGAGGCCGCUCGCUGCAGCCCCGGAUCCCUGGAGCCAGCGCUGGCUGGCCCUGCAUUUGUGCAUUCUUCUUCAAAGAGAGCAGAUGUAUUUUUUUAAUAACCCAUGUACAGUAUUCGCAUAACCCUUCCCUUGAGUAACAGAGGCGCGAGAGUCAGCAAGUCCAUGAGAGGUUGCUAGGCUGGGAUUCAGGCAAAGUUACAGCACACUGUCUGUCCCUUCCUAGGGAUGGUCGUGUCACCUGUCCCAGUAUGACCAGCCACCUUUCAUCCAUGGCUCUAGAGCUUAGGUCUGGGCUCAGGAACUACACAAACAAAAUGGGUGCUUGGCACUGGGAGGGAGGUGAGUAGGCAGGAAGUACAUCCUGUUGGCUCCUAGGUGCCCCAUUCACUGCAGAGGGGAGGCCGAUUCUUCUUGACACAAAGAAAGAGCCUGGAAAACAGUUCUGUUUAGCGUAGGAAAGACCAGCGCCCAGUUCCCGAGUUGUGAGGUUCAGCUUCUCAGUGCACUGACUUUCACUGAUCAGGGAACAAGUGUGGCAGGUGGCAAGAUGAUGGCUUCACCCCAAUACCCCCCGCCCCCAUCCCGCUGGGGAUGGCAUUUUUUAGCCUCGAUCUGACCCAGUGCUUUUACUUCUAGUUUUUCUGGGCCAAAGAAGAGCUGAGUGUGCAGUGGGAAUAAUCGGACCUCAUGACUAACUGUAGGUGCCCCCCACACCAGGAGGAGUUUUACUGGAUCUGGAGAGCCAGUGUGAAUGGAAUCAGAGUUCCUUCCCCCUUCCUCUCCUUGUCUUCUUUCAGGGUCAGGGCCUAAGUCAGCAGUUAUUUCCAUAGACAGAGUCUCAGACGUGCCCUCCUCCAGCAGCGUCACCUGGGAUAGUCAGAUUCCAGAAGCCUGAAAAUGGUCCUUACUUUACCCUUAGGCGAAAUCUGAAGAUGACUUGGGAUUGUUCCUUUGUGUUUUAAAACCAGCUUUCUGGCCCCCAUCAUUAGAGGAAAUGGCACCAGCUCUGUACUGUGGGGACAGCCGUAACUGGACUGGAUGCCUCUAGGGGUGGAACCACUGUCACCGUGAAAUACAGCAGGUCGACCAUGGCUAGUGGUUUCUUUCCUCUGGCCCAGCUGUCCUUCGCUGAGUCAUAUCCUGGAAAAGAAGCUCUUCUUGCUCAAGCCUGACGCUUCCAUCCCCUUUUGAGGUCCCCAUAGCUGUCUUGUGGCUUCACCUGAGAAAAAUCACCUGUUAUCCCAUCCCUCCAGCUCUGGAGUUUGCAAAAGGAGCCUGGCCCCGUUAGCUCGGAAGCUGUGUCCACUCUCUGAAAUGGGCUCCCGAGACCUAAUGCAAGGGCUUUGCUGGGAGGUCAGACAGAGAAACCUGCCCUUUAAAACACUUCAGGAAGAUGCUACUAAGGCUACUGGCAAGAGUAUAAUUGUGGAUCACCAAACUAUGACAAAUAAGCCACACAGGCAUUUCCAGCUUGGAUUAGUGGGAGGAAAGACUCAUCAAACAGAAUUCUUCACCACCUUUGUCAGCAACUGAGUUGCUUCUGGGGAAGGCAGUGUUUCCUUUUUCACAACCCUCCCCCCCCCAAAAAAAAAUAUUGUACCACAGCUUGGAAACCGUGGGGAAGAAAACAUGCACUCAGACGUGCAGGUUCCCUCAAAGCUGGAGAGGCCAGGCUGCAUGUGGGCUCUGCAGAAGCCUCCUGAGCCUCGUCCUAGGGCUAGACAGUCGGCCAGGGCCUUAGCUUGAGGCUCAGAGAUGAGGGCUGCCACCCAGAGCCUCGAUAGCCAUGGGGAGGCAGGGAGCCAUGGGAAUAAGACCCCAAGUGCCAUCCCUCCCGCUCGGACUUUAUUAGAAAAGAGCAAGAAGAGUCACUCUCAUCCUAUUGCUUAAGAAGGGACCCGAACACCCUCUUGCACUGGACCGCAGUUGGAACAAGGUCUCUUCAGGUUUGAGUGCUGAGACUUUGAAGUGGAACUGAGAGAACCUUAAGCAGGUCACAUGGUUUUUUUAAGCAUUGUCAUUGCUGCUCUUGUCUCAAACCCGAACCCUGGAAACACUGUGCUAUAGAAGAGAAGGUGGAUGGGGGGAGAGGAAAGAGGGUAGCCUGCCCCUUGCACACACAAGUCCUUCUGCCAAAAAGGCUUAUCCAAGCUCAAGGCUCCUGGGUGGAUCUUUGUUAGAUCCCUCUCCCCUCUUGGUCUGCCUUCAGUCUUCCCAAACAGAACCAACAUACAGCCACUGCGCUGUCUGUGGAGACAUGCUGUUUGAAUUGGUGAAGUCGGAUUUUUCAGUUUUGUCUCGAGGCCUCUAGCUGGGCCAGCCCUUGAGAGGACUUGUGCAAAGCAUGGGUGCCCAGACUCCUAAGAUCUGGCCUCAAAAUGCCCAGAGAUGUACAAGUGCCCCGGAGGUCUCUUAGAAGGGCCAGAACGUGGUGCCCAGGAGACUUCCAGUCCUCUAGUUGGCCAAGUUCUUGGCGAAAUCAGGUCCUUAUUCCUGGAGGGACAGUCCAGCUGGGGACCCUAGUGGGUUUCAGUCAUAGUUUAGGCAGCUGGCUUGGUUUCAACCUAUUUCGUAGCGCAGUCCCUUUGAGGAGAGUGUGCCUGGAGCUCUUGGGCCUGGGGAAGAGCAGGCCCUCAAAAGUGGGGGCAGCGGCGCAUCCCUGUUGGUAAAGGGACUAUACAGUUUCCGGGCAGCAGUUGCCAGUAUUUUCAUCGUGUCCCAGGCCUCCUCCGCGUCAGCCUAGCUUCCCUGCACACUUGACAAGUGCUUGUUCAGCAGAUCCCAGACCCAGGGCCCUUUACCCAGGAUUGGCAUUGGCUGUGGCUUUCCCUGUAAGGCUCUGAGCACCCUCCCUGGGGCCUUCUCCCAGGACUCUGCACCUGGCUGCCUCCGUUGCCUCUCUCUCUUUCUUUUUUUUUUUUCCCCGCCUGGGUGUGCAGUUACUUUUCACUAAUGUGUUCGAAAUGGCCUUUUUUAUUUUGCACAUGUCUGGGGGAAAUUUCAGAAAGUCCAUUUUUAACUCUAAAGGGAACCUUCUUCUUUAAAGCUCACCAGUAAAGCUACUGAUACCGAUGGGCCUGGCAAUGAGUAGAAAACCUCCUCUGUGAAAAGAGCAUGUUUAUCCUCCUGUACGUUUGCCUCUUUUAAUUGCUAUUAAAUGACACAGCCUAUAUAUCUGUUCAAAAGCCA